UUGAGCCCGCCCUUCUCCUUCCUUUUCCGCUGUAGGAAGUUGUCGUGCCUAAGGUGCUUGGUUCUUCAUCCGAAGCUAAGGCUCGCAAUCCGGCGACUAGCACCGUCAAAUUUAGGCAUCCGACGCCACAAAUAUAAAAUCUAACAUCUACAAUGGCCUCCGUGUCCGAGCUCGCCUGCAUUUACUCUGCUCUGAUCCUCCACGACGAUGAAGUCACCGUCACCGAGGACAAGCUGAACGCUCUGAUCAAGGCUGCUGGAGUCACUGUGGAGCCCUUCUGGCCAAGUCUGUUCGCCAAGGCUCUGUCCAGCAUCGACAUCGGCAGUCUGAUCUGCAACGUGGGAGCCGGAGGUGGAGCUCCAGCCGGAGCCCCCGCUGCCGGAGCUGCUGCUGCUGCUGGUGACGCUCCAGCCAAAGAAGAGGAGAAGAAGGAAGAAAAGAAGGAGGAGUCUGAGGAGUCCGAUGACGACAUGGGCUUCGGUCUCUUCGACUAAAACAGCAGUUUCUUUUUUUGUAAGAAAACGCAAUAAAAGUAAAAAAAUGA